AAACUUUUCCACAGGAUAGCACGACUGCAUUGAUACGCGACAUCGUGGAUUUAGCAUCCCAGUAAUCACAUACAUCAAUCAUAAUUCACAGAGUUCUUACACAUUAGAGCAGUCCCAGUAAAUGAUAUUAAUAAACGGGGUCAAGUAUGCAUGUAUGGAAUGCAUACGUGGGCAUAGGUCGUCCCUGUGCAAACAUCAUACCCGUCCACUACUACAAGUUAGGUCAAAGGGCAGACCUAACGUAUAUGCUAAUGGCAAUCCCAACCAUCGAAUAGCAGUGUUUGCGGAAGAAAUCGCCAAAGAGGAACCAGAUUCUCCUGAUUUUGAAUUAAACAAAUGUAAAAAGAGCCAACCGGUAGUCAUAUUAAAGGCUUCACCAAAACAAGUUAUAGAUUUGGUUAGUGGGGUAAUUGUGGGGCCCUAUGACGAAGCAAGCUGUCAACCUUCAAAUGUAAAGCCGAAGACUACCCCACCGGUUAUCAAUUCUGACAGCUUUAUAAAUUCAAGCACUUGUUGCAAUCCCACCGUGCAUUCCAGCAACGUGAGCAAACCUAAUAAAUCAUGUGGAUGCUGUGCCAACAAAAAGAAACCAGUCAACAAGUCCAAGAUCCUUGAGUCAUACAUUAAAAAGAAGAUUGAAAAACGAAUAAAUGUCAAAUCACAACCCAAGUCUACUGGUUGGACUUGGACUUUUGUUAAUGAAUAUCUGCCAGAAGCCGACCCUUCGAUAACAGUAGCACCAACCAAGAUCAAGACUGAAGAUGAAUCUCAAAUAGAACAACCACAAACAGCACCUUCUUCUUCUUCCUCAACGCAAAUAUUUGAUGUUGUUUCAAUACCUUCAUGUUCUAUUCCUGGAACGUGCUCCUGUGAUGAGAACUGUACCUGUGCAGGUUGCAUGGUCCAUGGUAACUCCAAAGCAUCAAUGAAUGAAAUUGCAAAGUAUUUGCCACUCCCUGAUUCCAACUUUAACAAUAAUCUUCAAGAUUCCGGAAAUAUCAUCUUUAAUAGUGUCCCUGGUUUACCAGGUCAUAUCACCACAUAUCCUCACAAUCAACGACACGACAACCUGUACGCGAACCAAUUUCCUAAUCCAACGUUAACCCAAUCAAGUCCCUACCAACAAGAUACAGUCAGUAAUAGCAGUGCCACUGCCAGCACCGGCUCAGCAUCUCCCAAUGUCUGUUCCUGUCCAUCUGACGGUUGUGAUUGUACCAAUUGUGAGACUCAUGGUAUCAUAAAUGGGUACAAAUUGGAUGACUAUUUCAAGACCCAUAAUUUUACAUCCAUGAAUGACUUGUUUAAUGAUUUUCCCAUGAAUGGUGGUGAGGAUAUUUAUAGUGUAAUGAAACAAGAAAACGAUUUGUUGUAUGAGCAACUAUUGAAACCCCUGGCUGGUGAUCCAGAAAGACUGCUACUACAACAACUGCAACAACAACCUCCACAACCACAGCUACCUCCACAACCUCCACAACCUCCACAACCACAGCAACCUCCACAACAUCCACAACCUCCAUCCAGAUCAUGUUGCUCUAAGCAUUGAAUGGGGCAUUACCUAUCAUCCCUAGAUUUUUGCUUCAAAAUUGUACAUAAUGUAUUAAUAACCAGGUCUCUAUAGCACAUAUAUAUAUAGAAUCAAAAGUGCUACAGCCGUAAGUUCGCCAGGAACUAUAACAAACACCU